CAAAUGUGCGCUUUAAACCACGCAAGCUGGUGUAGCCGGACCACAAAAAAACGAACCUUUCGAUCGUAUCGUACGUCAGCUUAUUUACAAAAUGGACCUUUUAGAGCGUACGCGCUCCGUGUUUUGGAGUGAAUGGUUUUGGUUUCCACCGAAUGCUUCGUGGAGUUUGUUAGAAAAUAAGCCAGGAAGUGAUAUUUACUAUCCACAGACUAGUGAUCUUUUUGUUUCGUUUGGAGUUGCAAUCGGACUUUAUUUGUUCCGGUUAUUUUAUGAAAAAUUUGUUAUAACACCUUUUGGUAUAUACUGUGGAAUUAAAUUGGAUCGACCUCGUAGGGCCCCCCAAAAUGAUGUCCUUGAGAAGGAAUACAAACACAAGAGAAAUCCAGACAGCUCACAGAUACAGAUAUUUGCCAAACGGACAGACAUGUCACAGCGACAGGUGGAGAGGUGGUUCCGUCUACGUAGAAAUCAAGAUAAAGCUAGUAGCAUGAAAAAAUUCACUGAAACUGGGUGGAGAUUUACAUACUAUUUUGGAAUAUUUAUAUAUGGAGUCAUAGUGUUGUCAGAUAAAGAAUGGUUAUGGGACUCAAACAAGUGUUGGUAUGGAUUUCCCACACAACAUUUGCAGACCUCUGUAUACUGGUACUACAUGAUAGAGUUAGGAUUUUACCUGUCAUUAAUGUUCUCCCAGUUCUUAGAUGUCAAACGCAAAGACUUUGUAGAGAUGUUUAUACACCACAUAGCGACAGUGUCGUUAAUGAGCUUCUCCUAUAUAGGCAACUUUAUCCGUACGGGAACACUGGUCCUGCUUAUACAUGAUUGCGCAGACUUCUGGGUCGAGGGAGCCAAGCUAGCCAAGUAUGCCAAGGCAGACCGCCUCUGUGAUGUACUGUUUGCCGUGUUUGCCAUCGUUUGGUUUGUGACUCGUCUCGUCUGUUACCCAAUUAAGAUAUUAAACACGUCAUGGUUCCAGAGUCGAGCCAUUCUGGGCUUCUUUCCAUCCCUUGUGUUCUUCAACCUGUGGCUGUGCCUGCUACUUGUGCUGCACGUGUACUGGUUCUCGCUCAUAGUGCGAGUAGCCUACGCAGUGCUCACUAAGCACUCUGAGGUUAGUACGCGAGAUGUUGACGAUGUACGUAGCGAGCAAGAGGAACCAGUGACAGACGAACAGGAGAACAAUCACCAUGGUAACAACCAUCAAUAUGGCAACAAUGUCCAGAGCAAGAAACAGGCGUCGGAGAACAACCACCUGAGCAACCAUGUGGACAACCAUAAGGGCAAUCACUGCAAUCACGCAGAGAACAAUGUUGGCAACCACCACAAUAAUGUUGAAAACAACGUCGGAAACCACAACCACACAAAAGCAGGUUGAGAGGAAAUGGGGUACUGGGAAUCAGUACAAUAUUGAUGGGUUGGAGAGUUGAGCACGAAAUUGUUGCAUUUUUUUAUGUAGGAAAUGUGUAUUUGAUGCAACAGUUUUGAACUGAAGUGCUUGACAUAUAGUUGCUGCUGUGCUUUUUAUUCAAGCACAUUUUAGAUUUUAUUCUGUAAUUUGGUUUGAUUUUUUUCUAGCAUGUUAGAUUUUAAGGUGAUUAGAAGAGUUUUUAAAUUUUGUUAAAAACAAGUUUUUUUUAAAUGCAAACAAAAAGCUUAGUGAAAUGUUUGAAAUGAAUUGAAAAUAGUUCAAAUAUCCUUUAUAAAUGUUCAAAGUUUCUUUUGAGCAAAGUUAUAUGAUCAUUUGUUUUCAAAUUGUCAGAGUGAGGUGGACUAAAAGAGAUCCAUUUUUAAAUGGGUUGGUAAUACUAUGCUUAGAAAUGAUUGUAGCAAUUCUCAUGUCUUAAUUUAUUUAUUUGGUCCAUGCUUUAUUUUUGGUGAAAUGAAACAAGCUUUUGCUCUAAUUAUAUUAAUAAGUAAUAAAUUAAAAAUAAGUUUGUCAAAAAUUUAAAUAAUAUUUACAGACAUGAGACAAUUUACAUUUAAUCUGUUGUAGAUGGCCCACCGAUUGGAGGUGUUUCUAGAAUCAAAUCUUUAUGAAAUUAUUGUCAAAAUGAUUUGUUAAGUGUGUGAUUUGAAACAUGUAUUACCCGUAGCUAUUCUUAACGUUCUUAAUUGUCUGAUAAAAUGUGUUGAAUGAAAAUAUACAUAAUUUAAUUUUAUGUGAUUUGAUUGUUUGUAAACAUGUUUCCAUAUAUAUUUCAUUUGUUGUUGUUAACCCAUUUAAGCCUAGUAGACUCUACCAUCCUUCUAAAUUGGAUCAAUUUAUUUCAAAAAUUAGGCAUGUCUAGUAUAUUUAUUUCUAUAUUUAGAAUAUCUCUUACAGAAAUUCCUUUAAGCAAAAAGCGCAGACCCUGAUAAGAUGGGUCUAUGCUGUUUGCAAAGGCCUUUUUUCUAGACCCUAGGCAUAAAUGGGUUAAUACUUUGCCAAAUCAAAUAUCCAAUGUUUAGUUUCUGGAACAAUUUGCCUCAUUAUUCUUAUGUGGCUAUCAUUUCCUAUAUUACUAUGGUGCAUAUCAAUUUCCUAUGAAAACAGUCAAAUUAGUAACAUUAUGUAUACUUUUCAAGCAAGUAAUUAUUUAUUUUUCAUUAAUUCAUUUUCCAUGUAAUCGUCAAAUCACUUAGAUAACAUAAGUGAUAACCUUAAGCUCAUCAACUGAUGUGUGUUCAUUUAUGAUUUGUGAGGCAGUUGAUACUGUAACAUUCAAGUAAAUGUUUAUUCAAACAACUGAGAAAUAUGCCCUAAUGCCCCAUGAGUAUACAGUUUGUAACGGAGGGAUGGGUGUAGAGGGAGCCACUAUCUGGACUAGGACAAUAUUCUCCAAACAUUCCCGAUGGAGAUUCUUAAAAUAUUGUUUUACUAGGUACACACCGACAUCUAUUCAGUUCAGGUAAUUGAAUAGGAACUUCAACUGGAUAUGGACUUUCGGGUGUUUUAACAAUUUAAUUUAGUGCGUUUAUGAGAACAGAUUUUUUUUCAGAUUUGGGGCCUGUAUUUCCCCCUAUUCCCACUGGAAAAAAGUAUAUAUUUCUCCCAAAUGGAACCUUAAAAUUCUCUAUUGAAGGUUUCCAAAAACAUUUUUUUUUCGAUCUCAACAUUUAGUUCACCUCCCAUCCAGCUCUAUAAGUUAAACCUUUGUAAAUAGAAUAUUGAUAACACUUAUAUUCUCAAUUUUGAACAAUUUGUCAGAAAAAGAACAAAUUUCCCAAUUUUUGUAAAAAUGCCUCGAAUUGUGCCAAUUCUAAGGGACCCUGCUCCUUUCCCAAAAUGGUGGGAAAAAAACACUGCAGUAGGCUUGCUUAUGACAGCAAGUGCCAAUAUCAAGUGCAGCUCAGAAUGUUUAAGAUAACCAAAGACUGGACUUAUGAAUGAAGGCUUAUGAACAGGAAUAACUGACAAUGUUUGGCUUUAGUUGUGUUUGCUUGUAUUAAAAUGUUUGAAGAAUAUUGAGCUAUGAAUUCAUGUUUUUGUUGUACCAUAUUACUAUUUUGUCUUUUAAAUUGGAAUGUAUAGUGUAAGUAUUUAUCCUAGUAUCUUUUGUCUUGUAUACUUUACGGUCUAUGCUAGACAGCUAUUUUAAAGUUAAUAAACAAGUUCAUAAAUACUCCAUAAAUAAUUUUAUUAAGUUGCUCAGACUUUAUAAAGUAUGAGAGUUCAAGGUGGAAUCCUUGUUAUGCCCCUUUGAAGAAGGCGGCAUAUAGCAGUCGAACUGUACAUACUCAAGGUGCUCAUGGUAAGCUUUUGGGAUUGCCUUUUGUGUGUCGUCAACAUUUGUUAACACACUAGAGGCCUCAUGUGUUGUUAAAUAUUCAUGAUACAUGGUCAGAAGAUUGUCACAAUCAUAUCUUGGAUUGAAAAACAUGGCUGCCAGGAGGCAUGGCAGUAUAGUAAAAUCUUGUAAACGCUCGAGAAGUCACAUUUAUGGUCCAAUCUUUAUGAAACUCGGUUAGAACUUGUGUUCUUAUUAUAGCUUUGCUGAAUUUGAAAAUGGUCAUGGCUCCUAGGACAAUUUAGGUUGUGAUUUUGUUGUUCAUACUUUACAAAUAAGUCAGCCACAAAUGACAAGCAUUAAGAGUCCGAUUGUUGGAUCACUGGUCUGAUUACCUUAAAGGUCAAAGUCACUUUUAGAGGUCAAAUGUCAAAUUUUGCCGUAUACAACUUGUUUUUGGCAAAAGAAGAGUUUCAGCAUUAAAGAAGAGUGUGGUGGCAUCGAUGUAUAAUCCACAAAUGUUGUUUUCAGAUAUUUGAAUUUGCUUUUUUAUUAGAGCUUCAACUAUGGUAUUUAUUGGGCUCUAAAUACGUGGAUUCUCAAGACAUAAUAUCAUAUUUUAAACUUACUGAUUAUUAUGUGCUGUAAAUAGUUGGGGUGCAAUACAAUGGCAUUCUAAACCAACAGAAAAUGCAUAAAUUCAAACUUAUUUAGGUUUUGAUUGGCCUUUUGUGUACAAACUAUAAUAUGUAUUAUCUUAUUUUUUUGUAUUAAAAUACUGUUGAAAGACACACACAUGCACAUUACAUAUCUUAAGAACUAUGAUGAACAAUGUGAACUGUGUAUAUUUUUUUGUUAAAUUACCUUUUUGGAUGAAACAAUCAGUGCAUGAUGUUCAUCUAGUUGCUAAAUGACUUUGGUGAUACUUUAUGCAACCCUUCAAAGAAGGCGGCACAUAACAUUUGCAUUGUUUGUCUGAACAUCUGCCUUAGUGUUUGAAUCAGAAAAUUUCUGUCUCACCCAUAACUUUAACAUCUGAGUCGCAUUCUGAGAAAACUGGGCAUAAUGCAUGUGCAUAAAGUGUCGUCCCAGAUUAGCCUGUGCAGUCUGCACAGGCUAAUCAGGGACAACACUUUCUACUUUUAUGACAGUUUUCGUUUAAAUGAAGACUCUUCUUGACAAAAAAGCAAUUUAGGCGGAAAGUGUUGUUCCUGAUUAGCCAGUGCGGACUGCACAGGCUAAUCUGGGACGACACUUUACGCACAUGCAUUAUGCCCAGUUUUCUCAGAACGCGACUCAUAUAUUGAUGGAUUUUGAAAUAAUAUUGCACAAAUGUUAACAAUUACAAAACUAUUUCUAUCAUAAUAGUUGUCCAUGUAAUACCCUUCUUCUUACCUAUAAGUUUGAGGUCACAGGUUUUGGUCAGAGGUCUAAUUAAGCCAUAAAACAGAAUGUCUGGACUGUACCUUUGUCAUUCAUCAUGCAACUGUAAAAUAACUUACAACAAUGGCCACAUCAGGAAGCAGCAUGUGGCUUGUAUUACCUCAGAGGCUAAGGUCACAUCUAGAGGUCAAAUUCUGCCAUGAAACAUCUGGUUUUGAGCGUGAGUGAAAUUAUGAGACAAAAGUGGAAAGAUGGGGCAUCGGUGUCAUAUGGACUCUUGACUUGUUUUUAUGUGUUGUCUUGCAAACACUGCAUGUUGUUUAUAUAUUGUAGGAGGUUUUUUAUGUCAUUGUAUAUUUUGUGAUGUUACAAUUUGCUUUGUAAUAUACAAUGUUCAAUUGUAUUCAAGAUUUUGAUGAAUAUUUUAUCAAGAAAAUAUGCAGAUAUUGUUUUAUUUGUUUCUUGCAAUAGUGCACUAGUUGUUUUUAGUUUCGGGAAAUGUUGCCCAAGUCAUUUUUGCUCUUUUUCUUUAAUUCACUGCUUGUCUUUGUGCUAUAAAUAGUUAAGUUUGUAUUGUGUAUGCUGUUGCAGUGGUUUACCACAUUCAUACCACAUAAUGCAGAAAAGCUGUGUCUUUCUUCUCAAUCCUACUUAAUAGCAUUAACAAACUUUUUCUUUCAAAAUCAAAAAGUUAAAAGAUAUGGUUUGAUGUUCAUUAUUUACCAGUUUAAUGUUUAAUAUUUACCAGUUUUACAAUGGAAGUUACAUAUUUACCAGUUUCAAUGUUUAUUUUGAAUUGAAAAUUGUUGAUCCAGCAAGUAUUGGUAUUUUUUAGAAAUCCAGUAGGGUUUUCAAUUAUUUUGUGUAUAUUUAUAUUCAUGUUAUUAGAAAUCAAAAGCUAAACAUGUAUUUAUUUGAAAUUUCAUUGGCAUUUUAUGUUACUUAAAGUGUCAAUGGUUGGAAAAAUCACAACAUCUCACUACUCAUAUCAUUAGUAUGUUUUGCUGAAUUUGGGUUCUUGUUCUGUGUACCUCUGUAAAUUGAAAAUAAAGAAACAUAAUCUUAAUUGAUUUUUUUAGAUUUUACUACCAGGUUUUAAAAUAUUCUUUUCACAACAACUAAACAGCUAUUAAACUUUUAAGCCACAAAAAAAAGAGAUGACAUGCACAAUUUUUUUGUUAAAAUAUCUGCAAUGUCACUAUAUAUUUGGUCCGAAUUGUAAAUUAUCGCUCUAAUUUGACAAUCUUCAUUGCUCAGAUGCUGAUGCAUUGUAUCAUAUCAUGCGGGUUUCAUCCUUUAAAUUUUUCCAAAUGCUUUGAACUCAUUUAUUAUCAUUCAAGGAAUAGAGACGGCCCUUACUCAGGGAAGGUGACGUGGUAUGUUGUGACAAAAGUCUGUAUAUUUUUAAGUGCUGCUGUGCUUGUUAGUAUGGUCUGCUUAUAUUCAGCUUCAUAUCCAGUAUUGAUAAUCAAUACAUUUGUGGCAAAUGCUUUUGUCUGAGCAAACUUUUUUUUAAUUAAUGUAUUUGGGUUAUUUCUUCAACAAGAGGACCAAAGGCCCAGGUACACUCACCUACGACCAAAAGAAAUUUAAUAAAUCUUAUCUUUGUUUGUGAUUUUUGUGUUUGCUUCUGAAAUGUAGACUGUUUUUAACUAUUUAAUAAAAGUUCACAUUGAUGUACUGACGAGGUUUUUGACCCCACUUGACCAAGUAUAGAACUCAGCUGAGAUAUCAUGUUAAAAGAAGUCAUGGUAAAUUGCUAAGACCAAUUUAAACAAAAUGGCCAGAAAUGAGGUUUUCAGAGCGUUAGGAAUGUAAAAUGUUCAUGCUGGAUAUGUCACUGCAAACAAAAUUCUUUAAAGCUUUCUAUGAUGGUUUAAAACUAUUUAUAAGCUUAUUUAUUUAGUUAUAACAGGACUUAAUAUAUACCAGACAAAAUAAAGACAUGCAGAUGGAUUUUUUUUUCUUUUGUCAUUGUUGCAACCAGUUAAGAGAAUAAAACCUUGAAUACAAAAUAUAUCAUGAAAAAAAAUAUUCAAUUGAGACAAAUUAUAAAUAUGAUAUUAAUUUAUGGGGACAACUCUUCUGAAAUGACCCAGUUAUAGCCAGUAAGUUGUCCUUCCUGCAAGAGGCUGUCUAUGCAAAGUUCAAUAGGCCACCUGCACAUUAUUAAUUUCAUGUAGGUCAAAUGGAGAGAUUACAUACAGAUCUUGACUGAACUUGCAUAUAUGAUGAAAGGCCAAACAAUUUUUUUUCAGUACUGGGUUAGCAGGGUGCAGGAUCACGUGACUUUGCUGGGUUCCCAAUUAAACUUUAUUGGAUAUAAACACACCGAUAAGUGCUGCUUUUUCCCAAAUAACUUUUAAAAACAUUUUUUCUUAAGAAUUUUUACUACUGCAUAAAAGACAGGGGCCCGUCUUAUCAAACAUCGUACGACAUUCUCACCUUACGAUGCAAUUUUCGAAGUGCCAUAUAAACGUAACCGUCGCAUUUAUAAUUACUUUUGUUUAACAUUUCCAUUCAUUUCCAAAGAAGCUGUCAAAUAUCCAUUAUAUUUGAAACAUACUAAUUAUAAUCACUUAUAUUUUUAAAUUACAAAAUGCAAUCGUAAGUUGACAAUGUCGUACGAUCUUUGAUAAGACGGACCCCAGAUUUUUAUGCUGCUUAUGGCAAUAUGAAAUGCAUCAGAAUUACUUUAUUUAAUAAGCCUGUGUUUUUGUCCAAAAAUUCCAUGUAUGCUGCAGGAUUAUGCUUCAUGUAAUGUGAAAUUUUGUCACCGAUUUCAGGUGUAUUCAAGGAUUUAUUCUUAUACCUUAAGAUAUCCGCAUAAACUGCAAGAAAACUUUUAUUCAUUAAAGAUUUUUGGUAAUGUAUUUCAAUAACUUGAGAUAUUUGCAAAAAUAAAGUUCUAAAACCUUUCCCACUCAGAAGCGAAAUAAAAUGGCUAUGUGCAAACAACAAAAAAAACAGAAAAGCCUGCGAGUAACUCGCAGUCUGUUAUGGUUUUAUGCUGUUUGCUGCUCAUCAGUAUCUAAGGAUUGGAAAUGAAGCCUUAAAACUUGCAUCUAGUAAGGAAGGUCUUUGAUAAAAUUUAACUUUCCAAGGAACUACAAAUGCGCCAAAAUACAUAUCUAAGUGGUUAACAAUGUGUUUACAUUCUGUCCAGCCUUUGUGUAAAUCCCUGAAAACCCCUUUGAUUCUGCACCCUGGUUAUCACCUUGGGAUUUAUUGAAAUAACUUGUAAAUUUAUUUUCUCUUGACAUAAUAUUUAUAUAACAUGAAAGGUAUUUUUUUUUAAUGCAACAGUUCUUCAUGGCUUACUACAUUUAUCACUACAUGAUCUUCUACAGUAAUGAGAAUAUUUAAUUUGAUUUUCAUUUGAAUUUUGUGUUGUUAAUCAUAUGUCUGAACCCAUCACCAGUAUCAUAAUCACCAUCAUCAAAAACAACUUCAACAUCACACAUCAUAGCUAAUUUCAGAAAGAAGCAACAUCGAAUUGGGAUAAAAGGUUGCAGUUCAGCCAGAUUAACAAGCGCAAUAACCCCAGUGUUCUUGUUUUCAACCCCACCCAACUCAGUUUCCAACACAUUAGAGAUGUCAAAUACAAAUGCUUUUACCAAGUUUCAUGAAUAUUAGGCAAUAACUGAUGCCUCUUGAGAGUUACCCAGGAAAACGUUUAUGACGUACGGAUGACGUACGGACAAAAGAAAAUUUAAAAACCUCGCCAUGAUCAAAUUUAGCUUAUUAUGUAGAGCGGGGCUCAAAUAUUUUUACGGAAAACUUUCAACACUAUAGGUUAACAUUUGUCAUGAAAUUUUAAACAUUUUGCCAAUUUGUUUAUGCCUCUAAAUGGCAUUUAGUUAACUUAUCCUACUGUCCGUCCAUUUGUCUGUUUUCCACGAAGGUUUUGUUUCAAGUCCUCUUUAUUAACUGAGUGGAAUUCUCUCAAACUGUCACAGAUGUAUGUAUUGGAUAAACAAUAUCAAAAUAUCUCCACAGUUUGAAAUAUGGUUUUGAGUUGUGUUUAAACAUCUCACCUAGUAUGUUGUUUGUAUACUGACAUGUAGGUGCAUCUAUCCAUGUUGAGUGUAGAUCUAUAGAUGUUUGUCAAACACAGUUCAGUCACACUUUAAAUUCCUAUCUUUGGUAAUGCCUAAACACUGGUUUUCCAAUCUCACUCAAAUGUGCUUUUAGACUCGUAAUAAAUUUUGAUUUAUCAGCAUUAGUUUAAAAGUGUGUGUUCUGAUGCUUGCUUAGGGAACAAAUAGGGUUAUUGCUCUUUGCCUCAUACCUACAUGUAUGCAUCAGGACUCUAAAUCUAUGUCAAUUGACUGAUUGGCAACAUAAAGAGAAAACUAUUAUCCCCACUAGAUUCUUUCCAGAAGAGUAAUUUUCUCCUUUUUGCCAAAUUGUGCAAUAUCAGCUUAUUUUGCUUGCCAACGCGUCUUGAAUAAAUCGUCUUAUUAUUUAAGAUUGAUAUCUUCUGGAUUUGGGAUAGAUUUUGGCAUUUUUUGACUAAACAUUAAUUGGAUAUCUUUCUUACUCCACAUACAUGUUGUAAUUAUUUAUUAUUGUGUCCUUGUUAGCUCCGCUGUUUUCGGAGAAAACCCAUGGUAUUGUCAUAUCCAGCUCGUCGUGUCUUCCGUCAUCCGCGUCCUGCUAAAACCUCAAUAUUUUGAUAACCUUUUGAACAUUGGUUCUUAAAUGAAAGUGCUUCCCCUACAACAUUGAAACUUCAUAUGUAGCUGCACCUUGAUGAGUUCUACACGCCACACCCAUUUUUGGGUCACUAGGUCAAAGGUCAAUGUCACUCUGACCUCUAAAAAAAAUUAAUUCUGACAAGCUUUCAUUUAUUUAAAACUGCACCCGCAGCCGAGCGUUGGCAUCCGUUAUGCGGUGCUCUUGUUAUAUUUUACUAUAAAUUGAAGUAAUAUUUGCAAUAUCUUACCUUUUACAAAAUUUAUUGUUAUUAUUAUAAACAUAUAUUCAAAAUCAGUUAGAGAAAAUGCAUGCAAAAAAUGAACAGCAUGCCUUAUAGAACACAAAAUGAUGCCAAUUUGUUCACUCGAUUCCACUCAAUGUUCUGUUGGAAGAUGUUCUAUCAUAAUGCCUUAGGAAGAAAUAAACAGUUGAUUUUAUCCCCACCAAUGAAAUUCAGUGUAAAAGACUAGCUCUGGGGAAACAGGGUUUAAUGAAUGAGUGUAAAGUGCUGCUCCAGAACAGCCUGAACAGUCCACACAGGCAUAUCAGGGAUGACACUCCUUAACUUUAACUGGAUUGUUGCCAAGAAGAAAUGUCUUUGAAAUGAAAAUAACCCUAACCCUAAAAGCAGAAAGUGGCAUCCCAGAGUAGUAUGUGUAGACUGCACAGGCUAAUCUGGGAUAGCACUUUGCGCACAUGCACUUAACCCCAUUUUCCCAGAGCCAGGCUUGUGUGUUAUUUUUGCUUCACUCACAUGAAAUUAUGCCAUACUUAAGAAUGCUUCUUGUAGACAUUUGUGUGAAUACAUUUUGAACAUAGAUAAGCUUCUAUCAUACAAUUGUUUUAUUUACUUUAUUACAGCGAUUAUUUAUUAUGUGCCAGGAUAUGUGUAUACCUUUAUUAACUGCAAGCGCAUGUCAGCUCAUGUGUUACUUUGGGAUUAAGCUAACGCAGCGACAGUAUGUUCAUCUUAGAUGAUUUUUAAACUAUUAAAAGUGUAUUUUAGUAAAGAAAAAAUAACAGCUCAUUCAAACAUAAAGAUCUCGAUAAAUUAAAAUUGUGAUUUUAGUUCUUGCUAGUUUUGUUUAUCAAUUUGUAUUGAAGUUACAUACAUGUGUAUUUUGAAACAACAAUAAGUUUUAUAAACCUAAUUCAGAGUGUGCAAAUUCAAUAAAAGAUCCAUACAUCAGAAAGACCUUGUAACAUUUCCUGCAAUGCAUCACCCAUGGGUGGAAUUGAACAGUUGGGUUAAUUGAAUAGUUGGGUUAAUUGAAUAGUUGGGUUAGAGUAGAUUGUGGGAUGUCUUUACUGUCUUUACAGCCCGGGAAAAAAAGACUGGAGAAAUAAAAACCUGUGUUUCUUGUUUUUGUACUUUGGUUGUCUUUAUUUGUAAUAAAUUGAUUCAUCAAGCUCAUUUAUUGUUGAUUUAGUUUGCCAGAGUGUUUAUCAAUGCUAAAUAAGGCUAAACGCUAUCAAUCAGUAUUGACCUCUAGCAGAAGUGGGGGGAGAGGCAGGUCAUUAAUUAAGACUUUUGAUUUGAAGCGUUUCAUGACAAAGUGAAAUUUCAGACAAUAUUGUACACAAGUAGACUGUGUGGGGGUUGUAUGGUCACUAUGUCAGUUAAUAUACAUUUCUUCAAAAUGAGGAUUUCACAUAUAUGCUUGGCUUAAGCUGGGGAAGGGAGAUUUGUCCCCUAAAAAAUCAUAACUGUCCAUCCGUUUGUCACCCACUUCCCAUGGGGAAAAUAAGUCGAGGCCAAAUGUUGUGCUACGGUGUAAAAUGUACAUUACUACCUAGUCAAAUGUGGCUAAAUUAUAGAAAUUAUUAUAUUUUAAGUUGCUUUCAGAAUGUUGAAUGAGUAAAGUUCAGUGGAUUCAUUUUCUUUUGUUAAUUUUUUUGUAUGCAUGUAAUGAGUUUUUGUAUCCUAAAGACUUGCUUGCUAAACUUGUUCGUAUUUUUAUCCUUGUGUUAUAUUCAUAUCUUUUUUAUUAGUCAUACAUGUUCAUGUUAUAAAUCUUCAUUCUUUGUAUUCCAAAUAAAAAGAUGACUAGUAUU